CCUUCCUUUCUCUGAUCAGAAACCCAAUCUCUUAUAAAGCUGGAGCACCCCAGCUUGAAACAGAUUCGGCGCAAAUUUAAGAAAUAUUUAAAAAGACUUCUGCAAAGAAGAAUUUAUGAAGACAUAUUAUUUAAAUAGUAGUCCGAAUACAGUUUUUUUGCGCAAAAUGUUCAAGGAAUGGGCUACGGUUACUGCUACUCUUCAACUUUUGUUGUUACAAGUAACAGGACAGGCUGUGAAAAGCGGCUUGUGCAUUGGGAAUGAUUGCUACACCAUACACCAGGACUCCAAGGCGUUUCAGAAUGCAAAUGAUGUGUGCAGCACGCAGCAAGGACAUUUAAUGACAGUGCGAUCAACAGUGGCCAACGAUGCAAUGGCUACCCUGAUGGCUAACGAACAAGGAGAUUUCUGGAUUGGCCUGCAGCUUCCCGAAGGACAAUGCACCAAGAAUGAUAUAACACUAAGAGGGUAUGAGUGGGUAACAGGAGAAGAAAGCACACGUUUUUCAAAUUGGAAAGGCAAUGAUUCAACAUGCACUCAGCAGUGUGUCUCGGUUUCCAGUGAUCUAAUUUGGGAAGAAAGACCAUGUCAGGAUAAACUGGCAGGAUUUUUGUGUGAAUACAAUUUCAAUAAAACAUGUGAAGCUCUACCCGCAGAUACGGACCUCUCUAUUCUAUACAGCACACCACUAGGUUUUCAGGGAGCUGACCUUAGAUCACUUCCACCGGCAAGUACUGCAACCUGUUCACCCUCUGGUUUCAAAGUUUACUGUUCCAGUAAAGGUGAUUGGAUGAUGGGUCCUUGGGAUUGCCAGAUUGAUAAUGGUGGUUGUGAACAUCAAUGCCAAAUGAUCAACAGUCAGCCCCAGUGCAUCUGUCCACCUGGUAGUCAGCUGAAAGAUAAUAAGGUUGCCUGCACAGAAAUAGAUAUAUGCAGCAUUGCAACUUGUGAACAUACAUGUGUUCCUCAUAAUGACAGCUACUUCUGUAGGUGUCAAGAUGGAUAUGAUCUGGAUCCGGAUGGCAAGCGAUGCAGAGACAUUGAUGAGUGUAUAAUGAAACAGGCUGGUUGUCGUCAAGACCAGGUAUGUGUGAACACACCUGGUAGUUCUGAGUGUAAAUGCAAGCCAGGGUUUAAAGAGGACGAUGGUAAAUGUGAGGACCUAGACGAAUGUUCCAGUUCCCCCUGUGAGCAUAAGUGUAUAAAUGUAUUGGGGAGCUAUCAGUGUUCCUGCUUUGAGGGGUACAGUCAAGACUCAAAAUAUCAUCACAAAUGUAAACCCUUGUGCUUCGAUAUUGAAUGUCCUGCAGUAGAUUGCGUAGAAAAAACAAACAGUUCAAUGGAUUGUAAUUGCUAUGAUGGAUUUGUAUUGGACACGAGGGAAAAUGGGUAUUUCUGCGUAGACAUAAACGAAUGUGAGAUGGGGACCUACUGCGACCAGCUGUGUGAUAACUCAUUUGGAAGUUACACAUGUUAUUGUCAAGAUGGAUACUCUAUUGACAGUGAUGAGUAUUCUUGUGUUCCUGAAGAUACUGAAGAAGGUUCAGGCACCACAGGAGUUACUCCAGUCAUCAGUGUUCUUGUUACCCCCACUUCAAACUAUACUGUAGAGGGGGGAACUCUUUUAACAUCCGGAGCUCUUCUUGGAAUAAUCAUUUGUAUCGUGGUGAUGACUUUGGUCCUAGUUUUUCUUGUGCACCACAUUCUUAAACAGCGUACAAAAUGGGAUAUAUCUUCAGACUUUAAAAGCAGCGGUGCAGAACGAGAAGUCGGCCUUCAGCAGGUGACCACAGAGAAAUACAUAAAAAUACCUUUGUUUCUUAACAGAAAUUCAAAAACAGACAUGAACGUUUUAUUACCAGUUAACAAAAUCAAACCUGCCAUUUCUUAAAAGUUGUAUGACCAGCUGUAUGUGAAACCUCAACUGUCAUAAACAUGUUUAAAAUUCAAAAACAGGCUUUCAGAAAUGUACAGCAAAAAGUAAAAGGGUAUUGGUUGUAAAAAGUUAUUAUUUUUUCAUUGAAAAGCUAUAUCCAAUGUAACUAAAACAUAUUUCAUUUUACAUGCAUGGUAAAAUAUGUUUCCUGACCUAUAUAUUAAUUGAAUUACAACAUUGCAAAACUUUCUAUGGGCAAAUACUGAAGGUUAAAAGCAGUAUUUUUGUGCAAAAUGUUCAAUUUCUCUCAAUCUUGUACCAUCACUAUAACAAAUAUUUUAAAAGAAUUGAACAUAAUCUUAUGCAACAGGUUUUUUGAACAUAUAAUUCCUAAAAUUGCUUAACAUGUAUUUAUUAUGGUAACAACAGUCGUAAAGAUUUGAAUUGAAAUGAACAUUAAGAUGUAACUGUUUAACUCUCUUGGUUUUUACGGUGUAGUACUUAAACUUUACUUGCCGUACAAAUAAAGAAAACUUUCACAACAUAGCAUUUAAAUAUUGCAUCAGGUUAACAUACAUUUGUGUGUAAGACAACAUUUUUUAAUUAGCUUUUCAUUCCAUUUUUUGGAACUGAAGCUUGUGUGGCCAUAAACUGUUGGCUUCUGUAAAACUACUUAAGUGCAACUAUUCAAGUUUUUUUCUGACAUUUACUGUAAUAAAACAGUAGAUUAUUGUUACACUACAGCCUUUACUUUAACAAUGUAAUUUAACUCCAGUAUUGAAUUAUUUGUAUUUUGUUGUUUUCACAGUCCACAAAAACAAGUAGCACUGCUAUGCCAAGAAUAUUAAAAAAUGUUUCAUCCUGAUUACAUGUAAAUACCAUGUCUAAAGGGUAAAGAUUGUUUCUUUUUAAUGAGCAUAUUUUCAUUUAUCUUUUACUGCUUUUUUAAAAUAAAAUCUAUAUUGUAAUUUAUUGUGAUAUGAUUUUUAUAUUCAUUUUUCUACAAUGUUUAAGUGCUCUCUGGAUAGUUAUCUUUCAUUUUGCAACAUUUAUUUAACACGCUUUUGAAACUAUAACAUCCACUGGCAUUAAAAGCAGCUCACCUUGUGCUCAUUCUAUACUAAUUUGUGUCAAUUGAAUAAUCUGUCAUGCUUAAGAGGUGUAGUAUAUUUUGUCUUUAUAAAAAACUUUUAAAUGUACUAAUGUUAUUAUACACAGUAGGUUUGAGUCUGAAAAGAUAUCCUUUAAAUGUAAUGAUGCUACAGUCAAGCAUUAAACAAAAGUUACAUUGUAAACCAAAUGUUUAAAAUGUACUUUAUUUUAAACAUACAUUUUAAUCACAUAUUAGUAUUUAUAUAUUCCACUGUGAAUGUUUUUUUUCAGUGUAAAUAUUUGUAGUGAAGGGGUCAAAUUCAACCCAAGGUGACCUCUACCCCACAAACAACACAAAAACCCCAGUAAAAUGCAAAUUUAUUGUUUCAUACA